GUGAAGUGAAACACACACACACCGACACACGCAUUGAUGAUGAACAUCAUAUUGUUGUCAGGCCCAAGGGCUCCUGCUCUCCUUUUUCUUCUUCUCUCCCUCUUCAUUACUUUGCUGUUUUUCGCCCCACGGAUUCACCUCGGUAAUUAUGAUUCUGUGAUUGCCGUUGAGAUACCAUCAGUACCAGAUCUGGACUGCGUGACAUGGAAUCACACCAAAAAAUGCCCCAAAUAUCACCCAACCUUUUCGCAGGCGGCGAAGCAGCAGAGUGGAUCCGACUGCCCCGAAUACUUCCGGUGGAUCCACGAAGACCUGCGCCACUGGAGAAACACAGGAAUCACCGAGAAGAUGGUGGCGGGGGCGCGGCGGAGUGCGCAUUUCCGGCUGACGAUUCUGGACGGCAGAAUGUACGUGGAGAAGUUCGCGGAGGCGUUCCAGUCGCGCGUCUUGUUCACGCUGUGGGGGUUCGCGCAGCUGAUGACGAGGUACGGAGGGAAAUUGCCCGAUCUGGAGCUGAUGUUUAACAGUGUGGAUCGGCCGGUGGUGAAAGCGGAGCAGUACGCGGCGGCGGGGAAGAUCCCGCCGCCGCUGUUCAAGUACUGCGCAGAUAAUCGCACCUUCGAUAUCGUCUUCCCCGAUUGGAGCUUUUGGGGCUGGGCAGAGCUAAAUAUACAGCCAUGGAGCAGCUUUCUCAAGGAGAUGAAACAAGGGAUGGACAAUUUGAAAUGGGAGGACAGAGUGCCCUACGCCUACUGGAAGGGAAACCACAAGGUUUCCGUUCAAAGAUACAAACUCAUGCAAUGCAAUCUCACUCGUCACAACGACUGGGAUGCGCGCCUUUACUCUGUAGAUUGGAAAGCAGAGAAGCGGAGAGGAUUCAAUCAGUCGAAUCCUGCAAACCAGUGCAGCCACAGGUACAAGAUUUAUGCAGAGGGACGGACAUGGUCUGUGAGUAAGAAGUACAUUCUAUCCUGCAACUCGCCCACCUUGCUCAUCCAGUCCCGUUGGCACGACUUCUUCACGCGUGGCCUCAUCCCUCAACACCAUUAUUGGCCGGUUAGAGACUCCCAAAUGUGCAGGUCACUGAAAUUUGCUGUUGAAUGGGGCAACAAUCACACUGCAAAGGCAAAGGCGAUUGGCGAAGGAGGGAGCCGGUUUAUCCACGAGGAUCUGAAGAUGGAGUAUGUGUAUGACUACAUAUUCCAUCUGCUAAAUGAGUACGCGAAGCUGUUCAAGUACAAGCCGAGGAUCCCUCCAAACGCAGUGGAAGUGUGCUCGGAGUCAUUGGCGUGCUCAGCAGAUGGGAACUGGAGAAAGUUCAUGGAAGAAUCCAUGGAGAAGUCAGCUAGUGAUGCAGCUCCAUGCACAAUGCCUCCACCUUAUGAGGAUCAUCAGUUGAAGGCUUUCGUCGAUGAACAGGCCAAGGCAACAAAACAAGUUGAAGCAUGGCAAGAAGAGUAUUGGGCCAACCAACAAUAGUGAAAUGCGAUUUGCCUCGAUUAAUCUUCUUCAUUCUUGCUCCCAUUGCUUCUUGAUGUGUAAAAAUUAGAUUGUAGAUUUUCUUUUAUUAGACUUUAGUCUUGCUUUGCGAAAAUGUUUCUCUCUGAUCUAAUUAUUUAAGGUAUGAGUUUUGUCUACAAAUUGGCGUGGAGACAAAUAUGGCCUCUUCGUAUAGUUCGUUUGAAGAUCAUAAAAACUUGUGUGAGAUUGGGUCAAAAUUAGGAAUUAGGAUCCAAUCCUAUAUAUUUCAAUGGCAAAUUUGUAAUUUGUUAGAUAUGUAAUUACAAAUAUGGCAUUGAAUAUCAA